CAUCUUUUUUUUUUUUGUUUAGAAGCUGAUGCAGAAACAGGAAUUUCUUUCUGAAUUAAUUCUUAACAACUUGUAACAACACGCAGACUAAUGGUACAGUCUGAAAAAUCUCAAAUAGCACAGAAAUGGGUGUCUGCUACUAACAGCUGUUCAGCGUAACAAAAUAUAAUUACGCUGUACAAACAACGUAUUUUAUUUGAAUGCCGUGUCAAACACACUUAAACUCCACCCAGAGCACCUCCGGUUAAUUGCAUGGUGCUUUGUGAACAUACUGAACAGUUUGAAGCUGCAGUCUGCUGCUCGCAGUGAACGCCAAAACAAUGGGGCGGGUGUUGGAUUGUUUUUUUGACUUUAUGUUCGAGUAUGACACCCCAAGAAUGGUGCUCGUGAGGCACAAGAAAGUGGGAAUCAUUUACCGACUGAUUCAGCUGGGAGUCCUGGCUUACAUUAUUGGGUGGGUGUUUCUGUAUGAGAAAGGAUACCAGUCUGAAGACAGUGUAAUUAGCACGGUGUCAGUGAAAAUGAAGGGAAUAGCGUACACCAACAAGGAGAAUAAUCCCAGAGUCUGGGAUGUGGCUGAUUAUGUAUUCCCUCAACAGGGAAUUGGCUCCUUUGUGGUCAUGACUAACUAUAUUGAGACUGUUGGUCAGAAGCAGGGUAACUGUACCAAGGAUGGAGUUUGUAAAUCUGACAGUGACUGUGAAAAGGGAAAGUCGAUUGGGGGAGAAAAUGGAAUUUUGACUGGAAAAUGUGUCCAGUACAAUGGCACCUUAAAAACGUGUGAAGCCCUUGGGUGGUGUCCUGUGGAAAAUGACCACCAUGUUCCUGAUCCACCCCUUUUGAUGGCAGCUGAAAACUUCACGAUGUUUAUCAAGAACGCCGUCACGUUCCCCCGCUAUGGUGUUUCCAGGUCAAAUGUAGUGCCAUUUAAUGUGUCGUGCAUCUAUCACAAAGACACAGACCCCCUGUGCCCUAUAUUCAGACUGGGGGACCUAGUCACGAUGGCUGGGUUUGAUUUCAGAAAGAUAGCAGUGAAGGGUGCGAUGAUUGUCAUUGGAAUUGACUGGGACUGUGACCUGGAUUGGAGUGCUAGUUAUUGUAAUCCAGCAUUGAAUAUCCACGGCCUGUACGGAGUGGACAGCAUGUCAACCCCCGGGUAUAACUUCAGGUUUGCGAAGUACUUUGUGGAGGAUGGGACUGAAAAGAGGACUCUGAUGAAAGUGUUUGGGAUCAGGUUUGAUAUUAUCGUGCAUGGGACGGCAGGUAAAUUUGACAUCAUUCCAACCAUGACGACAAUAGGCUCUGGAGUGGGGAUUUUUGGAGUGGCAACUGUAUUAUGUGAUCUGUUGCUGCUUAACGUCAUGCAGAGGCGGAAUGUGUACAAAAGUCUGAAGUUUAAAUCCACAGAGGAUGAGGGUGAGGCGCAGAUGAUCACUGUAGGUGGAAAGGAAAAAGCAACAAGGGAAUGAUGGAUCAGUAAAGCUGGCGAGCCACAGUGCCCAUGCAGUGCCUCAGAUUGCAAGGAUAUACUCAACGCUGGUUUUAUUGACUGUUAAAGACACUGGGGAAGCACUUCUGAAUGAAAAACACAGCCCUUCUGGGAUGCAGAUGAACAGCACACUGCCCUGGCUCUGCAACAGGGGCCAUAUCCUGUAUAUUCUGUAUUCUAUGAUUGUGGGUUCUGUUUCAGACCAGUUUAGCACUGCAAGUACAAACUACUAUCUUCUUUCUAGAAUUGUAAUAGUCAGCACUCGUAUAUACAACACUCCGAUACACGGUCAUGUUUUACCAUCCUUUUAUUAAGAAGCAAAUACAUUUCCAUGAGAGAGAUAUAUUUGUAACAAUUUAAUGCACUUACCAAUCACCAUGCAAAUUUUGACUAAGUCACCCCUUUUUCUGAUACAAAGCCCAUCUCUUCAAUGUUACAAUUUAUUUGAUUGUCCAUCACAGCCCGCGUCUCUUUCUCGCAUGCACAAAUCACAAUUUAUGCCAUUUUAAUAUGAACAAAGUCCACGGAUUUAAUUCAGCGAUUCUUGGUCACUGUGGGUGAAUUGUAACCAACUAACAUUACUGGACUAACUGUGGAUGAUCCUGUGGUUAUUACAGCACAGUGCUAAUGACAGUCUGACUCAAGCACUUCCAGAUAGACUGGAGGUUUGGUUUUAAGACGUUCUCAAAUAACACAAUGUAUCCGUCUUCUGGCCCCUGGAGGAUUGUAAAACAAGAUAUUAAGUUAGUCCUGUGAUUCUUUAGACUAAGAGCUUUACAAACUUGCUACUCACAUUAAUAGAACCGUUUGAUGUGAAUUUCCAAUGUAUUAAACAAAAUGGUUCUUUUUAAAAUUAAAGUGAACACAAUUCUGAAUGUGUAAAUAAAGUAUAUUGACCUUUAU